AUGUAUUUGCCUACUAAGUCUUUGACAGUAAGGACUGAAACAUACCCGAACUUAAGGCUGUUACCACGGGCAACGCAAACUUCAGACAGCUUUGAUGAUGACUGUUUUGGAUUUGGUUGCGGCUCUCAGUGGAUUUGGGCACGAUGGAUUCUAUUCGUGUUUUUCCUUGUAGCUAUAGCAGCAUUGGCCUUUACUGCUGUCAGAGUUAACGGUAGGAGAUUUCGCCGUGGGCAGCAACCUAUCAGGGGAACUGCUUGGUUCACACCUCCUAGUUAUAGGCAAUCUGAAAGGCAGUACCAUGGAACGCAUGGUAGGGAUUUUCAAGAGUAUGUGCCACCAUAUACUGAAACGGCAAACGAAAAUGAUAUGGGUUAUUAUGAUAAUCAAGGAGUUUUUCACGUUAAUAGUAAAGCUGAGCCUUUACCUCCACCUCCGGAAAUUGACACAAAUUAUCCAAGUUCCUCUUCACAAAUUCCAGAGCCCCCAUCGCCAGCGGUGGUACGGAAUAGCUCACAGGUUCCAAGUGAACAUGUCAAUUUUGUUAGAGAUUUUAAUAGAUACUACAAUGGUACUCCAGCCGCCAAUUUUGGAACAAACAGAAAUAAUAAUGAAGAUCGUAAUGAGAGCAUUUCUGAGUCCAUUGAAAUGGAUUUGACUCCCCAACGGCCAGGCAGAACGCAUGCCGGUUCCUGA